GUACGGCGGGCAUCUCUGCCCGUGUUUUGGAUCACGGUCUCGACAUGACGCUGGAGCCACGUCUGUGUGUGCUGACCCCCUGACCCUCUCAGGAUGUUGAAGACGGAACCAUCGGGGGAGCGGACCCUGCGCAGUGCCUCCCCACACCGUAAUGCCUACCGCACCGAGUUCCAGGCCCUGAAGAAGGCCUUCGACCAACCGCAUUGCGAUGGAGAGCCCAAGCCCAAGGAGCCCAGGCAGAGGGGCCGGCAGUAUGGGGCCCACGUCAGCCGCAUCAAGGACAUGUUCAUGCAGAUGGGCUCAGAGAACACGGCUGCCAAGGCCAGGGGCCGCGAAGAAGCGUCACCUCAAAAAAUAGCAAAGCCUACAAACUUUAUUAACAAGACUGAUGGGUCAGUAGUCAAACUCCAGCACUCCUCCUCCUCCGACCGCAUCGGCGCAGCUGGGAACAAGUUCUCUGAAACCAGGAGGCUGUUUGAGCAGCAAUCCAGGGACCAGUCGCAGUCCCCCGUCUUCCCCUAUGGCCGGGACAAGAGAGGGUCCCACGAGCACCUAGACGAAUGGAGAGGAGCGCGCUCCAAUCGGGGCAGCCAGGACUCUUUGGACUCUUUGUGCUCCAGGACGGAUGCCGCUUCGCCCACCGUCAGCCAGCUCAGCGCUGUCUUUGAGAACCACAGCCAGGCCCAGGUCAGUUACCGCAGCCCGGGCAGGAGAGCUCUCUACUCCCCUGAUGGGCUCCAUAGACAGGGUGAGCUCAGCGAGGAGGACUCCCGGCUCUCCCCAGUGUGCGGGACAUACCGGAACAGACUGGGGGGGAAGUUUCCCCCUUCACUAUCUGCAGAUGACCUCCUUAGUCACAGUCCUGCUGCAGAAACUUCUCAGGAGGUCCGAGCCAAAGACAAACCACACCACUCUGGCGCUGCCAAACAUCUCUACGAGGCUACUUCCAAUGGGGGACAGGUCAACGGCUCUUAUGAGGAAGAUCACAAACACAGUGAGGAUCUCGACAUAGUGAAACCUUUAGAGGACAAACCUGACAAAGACGUCGACAAAGCAACAAGCCUUGAGCCAAGUCUGGUACCACCGACCAACACAGGUGGAGCUAAAGAGGAGGCAGAGGAGGACGAGUACAGUGGCCCGCGAGUGGUGUACACGGCAGAUGGGGAUGCGUGUCUUCAAGGCUGGGGCGAGAGCUGUACCGACGCAGAGGACGACCUGUAUGGAGACGAAGACCAGGACUACGUCUAUGACCCAGGGUCCAGCCUGUUGGAGAUCCCUGGUCUCCCUCCAGAGACUUUAGAAGAGAUUCCACCUAAGAGGAAGAUCAGCUUCAGCACUGCACCAAUCACAGUCUUCAGUACUUACUCCAAUGAGGACUACGACCGUAGGAACGAGGAGGUGGACCCGGUGGCCUCGUCAGCAGAGUAUGAGCUGGAGAAGAGGGUGGAGAAGCUGGAAUUGUUCCCUGUGGAGCUGGAGAAAGAUGAGGACGGCCUGGGCAUCAGCAUCAUUGGGAUGGGAGUCGGUGCUGACGCAGGACUAGAGAAACUGGGCAUCUUUGUGAAAACAGUGAUCGAAGGAGGAGCAGCCGAGAGGGAUGGGAGGAUUAAGGUGAAUGACCAGAUCGUGGAGGUGGAUGGGACCAGUCUGGUGGGGGUCACUCAGAGCUUUGCCGCCUCUGUCCUCCGGAACACGUCAGGAAUUGUGCGGUUUGUGAUUGGCAGGGAGCGUCCUGGGCAGCAGAGUGAAGUAGCCACACUGAUCCAGCAGACUUUGGAACAGGAGCGGAGGCAGAGGGAGCUGUUGGAGCAGCAGUAUACCCAAUACGACGCCGACGAUGAUGAGCAGACCGGAGAGUACGCCACAGACGACGAGGACACAGGGAUCACAGCACAAGGACAGAAGGGCAUCGAGGUUUUUGACCUCCCAGAGUCUGAGGACAUCCUGUCUCUUGCUGACCUGGAUGCCAACAAGCUCUACCAGAAGUUCAGAGAGCUGCAGAUCAAACACACAGUGACCGAGGCCGAGAUCCAGAAGCUGAAGAACAAGUUAGCAUCAGUGGAGCGUGAGAAGCAGCGCUGGGAGAAGGAGAAGAGCCAGCUGAAGGCCAGCAUCGAGGAGAACAAGGAGAGGAUGCUGAAGCUGGAGAGCUACUGGAUUGAAGCUCAAACGCUGUGUCACACAGUCAAUGAACAUCUGAAGGAGGCCCAGGCCCAGUACCAGGCCCUGGAGAAGAAGUACAGCAAGGCCAAGAAGCUCAUCAAGGACUACCAGCAGAAGGAGGUUGAGCUGCUGCAAAAGGAGGAUGCAGAGCGCAGAAGACUGGAGGAAGCUGAGAAGGCUCACCUGGCUGAGAUCCAGGGUCUACAAAUCCGGAUAUCCACUCUUGAGUCAGAGUUGAUGCAGCUAAUGAAGCAGAACGGUCUGCAGGUUAACAAUAACAACAGUAACAUGUCAGAGAGGCAGGUGGCACAGAGCAGCCCGAGACCACAACCCUCAGAGAUGGAGGGCUCGCCUGUUCAGAGAUGGCUGUGCAAAAGGGUCAGAGACAGCAUCAGCUCUACAGAGGGAGAGGUGUCAGAGGGAGCAGGGAGUCCAGCCCACAGUCACGGUGGCUCUGUGUGCAGUGGAGCACCCUGUGAAGGGGUCAUAUGCAGAGGCCUGGAGAACACUGCCAGGAGCCACGGGAGCAUAGAGGGGUCCCCUAGAAGGACUACUCCCCCUAAAGGCAGCACAGGAGGGCAAUGCUCUCUAAAAAGGUCCAGCCCCUGUCGAGGAGUGGAGGAUCUUCAGGCUCUGAAGCCUGGGUCAUCUCCCCGAAAAACUAAAGUACUCGGAAACAGGUCCACAGAUUCCUCUGCAGAGGACAGCCCAGGAAAACUCAAGGCUAAGGGCCCAUCUCUCAGUGAAGACCUGAGUGGCAGCAGCAGCAGCUCGGUGGAGAUCAGCGGUGUCAGAGGCGGGGCUAGGCUGAGCCCCUCCACUCUGGCCUUGUCUUCAGACGAGAGUCUGGACAUGAUCGAUGAUGAGGUCCUGGAUGAGACCCAGCUGUUCCAACAGUACCAGCUACAGAGCCGCAGUGUUCCAGACUGGACUCCUGAUCAUGUGGCCCUCUGGCUCACAGGCCUUGGACUGGAACUCCAUAUCCCACAAUUCACUGCCAAGGACAUUGACGGACAACAGCUACUGCAGCUGGACAGCACUGACCUCAAGGCUCUGGGGCUGAGCUCAUCCCAGGACCGCACUCUGAUGAAGAAAAAGAUCAAGGAGCUCAAAGUUCUGGUUGAGAAAACCCGAUGGAACCAUGAUCAAGAACAUCCGAGAGAGACACGGCGGAGAGACACGGAAGACACGGAGUGAGGGGCCAGCACCACCUGCUGACUAAACCUACAACCAUGCUCAGGGGGCACUGGUCCCUGAGGGACACCAGCCUGCCCUGCCAGUGAGGAGGGAUAUCUACUGGAGGGGCAUUGCCUGGUGUAAGAGAUCGAAGAGGUUUGAGAGGCUACUCAUCGGCCCUCUCUGAAUCUCCUGGUCUUAGCCAUAUGACAAGGAACUAUUUAUUCACGGUUUAUUUAACAACAAAAUGGAAUCUUCAAAAAAAAAAAAAAAAAAAAAAAAAAAACCCUCCAAAAUCUUCUUCUGUGCCAUUUUGAGAAAGGUCUGUUUGUGAACCAAAUCUUCAUGUAAACAUCAGCCUUUGGGAUUGCCCAUACCACCUCCUUGAGCUGCUGCAGAAUGUCUCGUUUCUCUUUCCUCACUGUCUUCUCCUUGAUUCCUCUCCUCAUCCCUCAAGCGACUG